AUGUCCAUCUCGGCAGAGGCACGAGAGAACCACUCUGAUCCUCGGUUUCUCUUCAGUCAACCUCGUGCAUUACAAUGGUUCGAAGAUGGGAAGUUAAUGCGCCGCCAAGAUGGUGAGCGCCAAGCUGGGCGAUUCGAGCUGUUUCUCGAUCUGCUGUAUGUCGCGAUCCUGUCCAAUUUCGCCGAUACCCUGGCCGAAGACAUCUCGGGCGCCAAGCUUGUGAAGUAUAUUCUCAUUUUAGCCCCCUCGUGGAACGUAUGGAGCGAUCUGCGCGAGCUUAUGAACUCUUUCUACACGGAUGACCUCCUGCAGCGCAUCUUGAUCUUGUGGGUUAUGGUGACAUUAGUCGUGUAUGGCAACAAUGCCCCGUUGGUUGACGAGGAUAUCGGUGCGAUGCGCUCUGCCGUUGGAUCUUACAUGGUCGCCCGAGUCUCUUGCAACAUGGCCCAUCUGCUCUACUCUUUUGCUAGCUACCACCACCGCCCACAGCAACGCCUCUGGGUCGCCCUCUCCAGUCUGAGUCUGUGUAUCUAUAUCCCACUUUACUUCGAGUCUGUCUCAAUUCGGGGCAAGAUCGCAGCCGCCGCUGUUGCCAUCGUCGUGGAGAUCAUGGUUUGGAUUCUUUGCUACUCGCCGGCUGCCAAGAAGCUUCUUCGAACCAGAUGGUCGACUGCUGUGGAUAUUGCACACGAGAUCGAUCGCUUCGCGGCAUUUUACAUCAUUGCCCUGGGCGAAUUUCUUUAUUUGAUUAUUGUGGGCUCGUAUGCUGCAAUCGGACUAAAUGAGCGUCUUCUCCGAGCAGUUUGGACACUGAUCAUCGCCUUCUGUCUGAAUUGGCUAUAUGCACAUGCAGACGGUGCAUUGGAUACCAUCCAUCCACUACGACACUCUGUUUAUACUGCGUUCCCCUGGGCAUUGAUCCACCUGCCUCUCAUUGCCAGUCUGCUGGCAGGCGGUCAUGUUGCAGCGCAAUCCGUCUCCGAGAAGGAGUUUGAAGAUCCGCAGCGGUGGCUCCUGUGCGGUGGAUUGGGGACAGGAAUGCUGUUCUUGUAUAUCUACGCCCUGCUCCAUAAGUCCAAUGAUGAUCCAGGGACUCUUGUUUUGGACAAGCCUUUUCGCCUCAUCAUGCGCCUUGCCGUCGGAAUCAUUACCAUCCUGUUGCCCCUGGCACACCAUCUCGAUGCGACCUCGGUUCUGUCAAUCAUCAUGGCACUUUUCGUGUUCACCUUGAUAUGGGAGACCGUCACUUCUCUCAAGAAAGGGGCAUGCUUCUGGGAAAACUGGGCAGACACGGAUUAUCCCACAGAGCCCACAGAGUCUGCGAAAUCCGAGAGCACUGCUUGA